CAACCGCGUUUGGUCGGGCUAAAAAAAUUGAACCACUUCGGGGUGCAUACCUGCUCUCUCGGGCCGUGAAAAGAUCCCACCAGCGGUGUGACUCUUUGUGCCUUCAAAUUUUCCUUUUUGUGAACCUCUUGAAUUUUCCAUGAGUCUAAAUCUCGAAAUAGAUAUAUAAAGACUUUGUGAUGUGACGACUGCAUGAAUGUUAGGUAGUUCAUCGGGGAUGAAAAACCUAUGGUUUGAAGUACCCAAGUUAAUUAAAAAAUUUAAUAAAAAAUUCAUAAAGGUUUCUGGUGGACUUGGACAAUGUGGAGAAACCUGGUGCGGUACCACGCCACGCUGAGGGUGAUUUAAGAUCUUUGGGUACUCUUUUCGUGAUUUAUUCGCGUGAAACUGGAAAUUAUUUGAGGAAAAUCUUUCCUACGUAACCGGAAGUGCGCGAGUGGAUGCUAGGAAUCGGAAUCGGCAGAAGCCGUGGACUCUCCGGCCGGAGGAAGAGGAAGAGAUGAUCUUCGAGCUGCUGGUGGCUGGAGCGAUCGCCCUUGCCACUCUAAGGCGAUUCGGUGGUACACACUGCCACCCUCACAAGCCUAGCAUUCUUCCUUAGUUCUGGUCUCAGUGCAGUGACGGCUGCACCCUCCUACGGGCUUCGCAGUUUUAUUUCUGAAACAGUCGACAUGGAACCUUGGAUUCAACCCUGUGGGACUGUGGAAGCUGCAGCUUUGCGAAAGUUGCCUCAACGGCACAGCGUCCAUCGAGCCUUGAAGAGGGUGCGAACACAAUUAAGGGUUGCGAAGGAGCAACUCCGCAAUGACUUUAAAGAUAUUCAUGAAAUUUAUUCAAAGGUGUACAAAGAGCUGAAGGAGCAGCAGUACCGAAUGUCCUGGCUACCGGAGAAACAACUCGACUGGUAUCAUCGCGAAGUAUGGUGUCUGGAAAAGGGUAAAAAGGCAGAAAGAGCACUUCCCCGAUUGCACGAUGCACUUCAAAGGUUCGCCAUCACUUUUCAUCAUUUGAGGGCCUUUCGUCUUAAGUCAAAUAUCAAUACCGAAAUUACAAUGGGAAUGAGGAAUGAGAUCAUCGAUGGGAUGUACAGCGAAGUUCGUAAGAUGCUGUGUGAAGUCGAAACAGCAAUUUUUAAUUUGGGACUGCCACUUCCAACCGCUCAUAAGGCGGAAAUCGUGACGGAGAAUCUAAAUUGGUUAGAAGAAGGAGAUUGGACUCGGAUGUUAAUUCAGGACUCAGGAGUAAUUAGACGUUACAGGGAUUUUCUUAACGAUUGGACAAGAGCUUUCCGAAAUGCGACUGCCAUUGGGCCAGGAACCUGCGACCCGAACAUGCUUAAACCUUUGAUAUACAGGCCCAAAAAAUCUCAAGGAGUUAAAAAAGAAUUUCAACCGAAGAAAAGACAGAAAAAGCCUAUUAAAAAACUAAACGGGAAAUCUAAAAAAAGUAUGGGUUACAGUAGAAAUCGGCCUUUUGCCCAAGGAACGAAACGAAGUACCAUGAGGAGAAGAGUAGGCAGAAAUAAACCAAGAGUAAAUACUUGAGGUAGAAAUGUUGCUUCGUAAAAUCAUGCCAUGGGUCUGUAAAUGACCUAUCGAUUCACUUGCGUUAUCACUUAUUUAUUCCAUAGUCACAAUCCAUCGGUACGUUAGUUUAACAUUUCGCCAAAUUGAUUAAUCGGAAGACAAAAGAAAUCCAAGACAAAUGUUCAGAGGCUCUUAUUUUUCGAAAUUAACUGAAUUUUUGUUCUUGGUGUACAGUCGCAAUUAAAUACCAGUAUUAAAAGAUCUUCUGAGCGAAUAAACAGUAUUAAACUAUUAAUAAAGAUAACAACAGUGAUUUUUUAUAAAGCUGCUUAUACACUUUUCAAGUAUUUAUAGUCAGUAAAAAAGAAUAUUCUUCUGAGAUAAAAUACUGAAAUAGAGAGUUAUUGAAUGAACCAGAAUUUUUUAAAAAUUGGUUUAAUCUGUGCGGAUGAAUAAGGAAUAAAUGUCUAUUACUGGCACUCUGUACAUAAGUGUGUUAUAGCGACAAUUGGAUAGCGAUUUCCGCGAUCUAUCCGCAGAGCUUGAAACAGUUGGCAUUUUAUGAUAAUUUUAUGAAGGUAUUUAUUAUCAAUAUAGCUAUUUUAUAAAGUAUCGACUCUCAAGUAAUUUAUUUAUUGUAGCUUUAAUGCGCACUUUGUGGCGGAAGCUUAAAGUUGAAAGCUGUGAUAUUACGGACGUAUGUGGACGUUACGAAGUUCCUACGUUUAUUAUUUUAUUUUUUUAUUUCUUAUGUAUACUUAGUACUUACGUGUAUAAAAAAGGUAUAAAUAAUAGUGAUAGAUUACGUUAGGAAUAGAUGAAUAUUAGGUAUACCGACAUACGUAUGUGAACUACAUUCCUUAAGACAUGUGUACGACUUAGGAAAAUAUAAGAGUAGCAUUCCUCGAUAUUAUGUGAUAUGUUUCUCUGACAAGUAAUUUACAAAAUAUUAUUCUUUUUUAUUUCAAAAUCUAGGUCGAUGUAGAAAUUUCGACUGAUAUAAUCUAAAAGAUAAAUUUUUCCCACGGAAUUUUUCUCUUAUUUUAAAAUGCCUUGUUCUGAUAUUGCUUCGAAUCUCGUAUCAUGAAGAAUUAUUGAUACUUGUUUAGUAAAAGACUAAGUGAAAAGACGCUAUUGUGUGAAUAUAUUUUUACUUCCUGAAAUAAAGUCAUUUUUUUAAGAAUAUAAAAAACACAGCUUUCACUAAUUUGUAGUUAGGAUUUUUAUGACUGAAAAUUUUUAAAUAGAAUGAAUUUUUGAAACAUUUCUAAAAUUUUUAUAAAUUUUUU